CCGCGCUGCUCUUGGGCCCGUGCUCCCCGCUGCCGCCGCGAUGAAGGUGCUGGGACACAAGAUCGAGCUGCUGACAGGGCUCCUACUGCACGACAUGACCAUGGCUGGUCUACAGGAGUUGCGAUUUCCCGAGGAGAAGCCUCUGCUCCGGGGCCAGGAUGUCACUGAGCUGGAGAAUCCUGACACCUUCCUCUCGGCUGUGGACACGGACUGGAAGGAACAUGACAUUGAGACGCCUUAUGGGCUUCUGCACGUGGUGAUCCGGGGCUCCCCCAAGGGCAACCGCCCGGCCAUCCUCACCUACCAUGACGUGGGCCUCAACCACAAGCUGUGCUUCAACACCUUCUUCAACUUCGAGGACAUGCAGGAGAUCACCAAGCACUUCGUGGUGUGCCAUGUGGACGCUCCCGGACAGCAGGUGGGGGCGUCACAGUUUCCUCAGGGGUACCAGUUCCCCUCCAUGGAGCAGCUGGCUGCCAUGCUCCCCAGUGUGGUACAGCACUUUGGGUUCAAAUACGUUAUUGGCAUUGGAGUGGGAGCCGGAGCCUAUGUGCUGGCCAAGUUUGCACUCAUCUUCCCUGACCUGGUGGAAGGGCUGGUGCUUAUGAACAUCGACCCCAAUGGCAAAGGCUGGAUUGACUGGGCUGCCACCAAGCUCUCCGGCCUGACCAGCACUUUGCCAGACACGGUGCUCUCCCACCUCUUCAGCCAGGAGGAGCUGGUGAACAACACAGAGCUGGUGCAGAGCUACAGGCAGCAGAUCGGGAACGUGGUGAACCAGGCCAACCUGCAGCUCUUCUGGAACAUGUAUAACAGCCGAAGAGACCUGGACAUUAACCGGCCUGGGACAGUGCCCAAUGCCAAGACGCUCCGCUGCCCUGUGAUGCUGGUGGUCGGGGAUAACGCACCUGCUGAGGAUGGGGUGGUUGAAUGCAACUCCAAACUGGACCCAACCAGCACAACCUUCCUGAAGAUGGCAGAUUCUGGGGGGCUCCCUCAGGUCACACAGCCCGGGAAGCUGACUGAGGCCUUCAAAUACUUCCUGCAAGGCAUGGGCUACAUUGCGUACUUGAAGGACCGAAGGCUGAGUGGAGGAGCAGUGCCCUCGGCCAGCAUGACCCGUCUGGCACGCUCCCGCACUGCGUCCCUCACCAGUGCCAGCUCCGUGGAUGGAGGCCGCCCGCAGCCCUGCACCCACUCGGAGAGCAGCGAGGGGCUGGGCCAGGUCAACCACACCAUGGAGGUGUCCUGCUGAAGCCCUUGGUCCUGCCCAAGAUGCUCACCUGCCCUCCUGCCCACAUCAAGGUCCCACUGCCAUCCCUGCGCCAGCUCAUUUUCCCUUUAUUUUUGUGAGGGUGAACAGGAGGAAAUGGGGUCACUUCUCUUUUGUUUAAAAAAAUAAGGAAUCACCUUGGGUGCUGUAGCAGAACAGUCUUCAGAUGUUUUGAGGGGCUCCUGCACCCCAUCUUCCUCAGUGUUGACUUGGCUGUCUUGGCCCCUCUUGUCUGGCCCCAUGGCCCAGGCACAGUCAGGGCCACAUUGGGCAGGGCAAGAGGGGUGGCUAAGGAAAGAGUUGGGAGCCCUUCCUCCUUCCUGGGCCAGGAUCACCCCGUUUAAAGCCCUUAGCAGGAAGGGGGAAGACAGAUGGCAUCUUGAGAUGAUUGUUGGUGGGUUCCAGCCCUGAUGCAGGAACUUGGAGAUAGCGGGAGCACCAGAAGACCCUAAACCUUCAGCCCCCCAAGCACACAAGGCUCUGCUUUGUAGCACAGGUACAGCCACCUGGACUGUAGCCACAGGGGAAGCUGUCAUCCCGGUGCUCUCUGGGCUGGCUGGUGCUGUGGUACUAGGCAGGUGGGGGCUGAAGAUAGAACCACACAUCUGGCCACCUCUUGGCCCUGACCCAUUCUGAGCCAAGGUCUCCGUGAGGCAGAAGUCACCUGGACCUCUCUUCCUAGUGACUUGGCUGGGGGCAGAGGGAAAGGGUAGGGUUGCUCCUGGAUGACAUGCAUACCUCUGAGAACUGUAGGGUGACUGCUGUGGAAUCAGCAGGGAGCCAGAGUCAGGGUAGCUGAGAACUCUUGUAGACCUAGUUGCCUCAGUUCCAAAGGGUGUCCAUUCAGCAGCAGAAUCACUGAGGGAUGUCAGUUUCCCAGGAGGGACCAGCCCGGGACAGCAGCCAGGUUGCUAGAGGGGAUGUGGCUGGGGCUUGCUGAGUCCUGGGGUGGGGGCUGAAGGUUCUUGAACAGGGCCACGUAGAGAAGGCUUCACACAUCCUAGUCCCUCCUGCCACCUAAGCCCAGGACUGUGCCAUUUAUUUCUUUCUACCUGGUAGCCCAGAAACCUGAGCCAGCUGUCUUAGACCCUGAAUCAACUAUCACAAAUCCCCAGAAGGCAGGAAGAGAGCACUGAAAAAACUGAAGGGCUGUAGAAGUGGGGACGGUGUGGGGGUGUUCUGAGGCUGAGGGGACACCUAGAUCCAUAUAUGCCAGCACACGUCUCCCCCUUCCAUGAUGUUAAGCCUUUACCAGAUGGAGGGCCUGGCGGGGUGUAGUCUGCCCCGGUUCUGCUCGCCCACGUGCUUCCUUUGAAUAUUGAAUGUGACUUUAAAGCUGGUGGAAUUAAUCCCUCUUACUGUAGAUAGCACUGCGAGUACUUUUCCUUUUUUUGCUGUGUUCUUUCAAAUGAGAUAUAUAAAUAUCUAUACAUUAUAUAUAUAUAUAUAUAUGUAUAUGUAUAUUGGGUCUUCCUGCGUGUGGUUUUCCAUUGGAAGUUGUCUCUUCUUUGGUCAAGGUGAACUUUAAAUGGAGUUUGUUAUUUUCUUCUCUGUACAAAGCCUACUUUUGUGUGUUCUGGUGGCUGAUGUCAUGAGAUUUUAAAAUGAUAAAAUGUAAAACAAAAACACUUGUCAUUGUAGAAAGUUAACUACGCUGAAAAACUAAUAAAGAAACUAA